GUCACAGCUGCAGAGGAACUGGUUAUCUUGCGCAACUUCCGGUGUUCGCCGUGUCUCUUCUUGUAGCUAGUUGUCACUUUUCGCUUUAAAGUCCUCAUGGCUGCAACCUUUCGUUAUCUUUACUCCGUCUCAAGGACAGGCACUUUGGCAGCUGCCCAAUUGAGGUCCUUCAGUGUUUCAGUCCAGAGGAAUGGAUUCAAGUAUGUGAAUGCCCAGGAACUGCCGACAGACAUGAAGUCCAUCACAGACCGAUCUGCACAGACGCUGUUGUGGACAGAACUCUUCAGAGGUCUGGGCAUGACGAUGAGCUACCUGUUCAGAGAACCUGCCACCAUUAACUACCCGUUUGAAAAGGGACCGCUGUCGCCGCGCUUCAGAGGAGAACACGCUCUGCGCAGGUAUCCCUCAGGAGAGGAGCGCUGCAUUGCCUGCAAACUUUGUGAAGCCAUUUGCCCUGCCCAGGCCAUCACCAUUGAAGCAGAGACUCGAACCGACGGCAGCAGGAGGACGACUCGCUACGACAUCGACAUGACCAAGUGCAUCUACUGCGGCUUCUGCCAGGAGGCGUGUCCUGUGGACGCCAUCGUGGAGGGUCCUAACUUUGAGUUUUCCACUGAAUCCCACGAAGAGCUGCUCUACAACAAAGAGAAACUGCUAAACAAUGGAGAUAAAUGGGAGGCUGAGAUCGCUGCCAACAUACAAGCUGAUUACCUCUAUCGAUAGAUGUCCACACACACUGCGCCUACAUUACUGGGGAAGACUUUAAACGUGACACAUGUUGAAUCUGUACAUACUGUAAGAAUAUUAACUCGGCUUUGAUGGGUGAGCGUCAGGUUUGCUGAAGGAACCUUUGUUGACAACAAAGACCUAAUUAAAACAUUGACCUUUUAAGUUUAGUCUCAUUUUGUUAUCAUAAAUAUUCUUUAUGUUUCCACCUCAAGGCUCUGUUAUUGUUCAUUGUGCGUAUUUAUUAUGGUAUCAAACCACUUCGCUCACUCAGUGUCCACAGCUCUCUCCUGUGUGUGUGUGUGGAAAGUCUUUCAUUAACAGGAUUUUAAGACGUGCCUGGUGCCUAUUCUUCUUAUUAAAAAGUUGUUUAAAUUUACUCUAUUUCAUCAGCAGAGUUAUUUUAAUGGCUCUUUAUUUUGUCAUGAUGGCUCAGUAAGAGACACAUGCACAGCCAUGUUUUUUUUUCUUCACUUUCAGACGUCAUCGUUAUUACUAAAUGUCAACAGAACCAUUUUCCAACUUGCUGUUUUAUAGAUUUUGGCCGGCAGAUAGUAGCAAGUUGUUGUCGUACAUUGUGUGAAACAUAAAGAGGGUCAUACCCAGAGAAAAUUCAAAAGAAACAGCAUUUAAGCAGGAAUUGGAGGAUUAAGGUGAGCUACUGUUAAUUGCUCAGUCAACCAAACAUGGACUCUGUUGGAUACCGAGGUCAGAUUCCAAAGUUAGCAUUCGAUUCUGUGUGAAUAAAUCAUUUUAUUGAAUUUCACUGCAGACAUUUGGGGUCUUAAAAUAAAAUUUUACUUUAAAU